UCGUCCCUCUCCGCCAUUCUCCCCUCCAACUCUUUGAACCACAUCAGUCUCUCCUCCUCCUCCUCCUCCUCCUCCUCCUACCGUUUGGACUGCAGCAGCCUCUCCUCUGCCUCCUGCCUCUCUCCCAGCAGCCUCUGCAGGUGAACAAUCUCCCUCUGGUAAGACGCUGCCUUGCCCUCCGCCGCCUCCUCCAGUGCCGCCAGUCGGCUGGACGUCUGCCUGCGGUACACCUGCGCACGCACACACACACACACACACACACGGAGUCAGGGACAUGCGAUGUGGAGCACUGCCAUGAAGGAGCUGGAUCCUCAUGGAGGACGGCACCGCAUCAGCAGCAUCACCAGAGAACGGAGGAGCGCAGGAAGUGGAGCCACGCACAGCGGGACGAGAACACGACGUGAAGAUGAGCUGCCCGCCGGCUGACUUGGAGGAGAAGGAGCGUCCAUCAGAGGAAUUAGAGUGUAAAAUCUGUUACCAACGCUACAAUGCCCACAACCGCAGACCAAAAAUCCUGGACUGCCUCCAUCGGGUGUGCGCCCGAUGCCUCGUUAAGAUCCUCUACAUCGCUGAUGGGGCGGGCUGCAUCACCUGCCCCUUCUGUCGGCACCAAACCGAGGUCACAGACUACGCGGUGUCAGCCCUGCCCGAUGACACCAACGUCAUGUCCCGCUUGACUGUACGGGAUAAAACCUGGAGCUCCGAUCACAACAGAGAGGUGGUCCUUUCUCCGAAGAGUUUCUUCUCCUCCAGUCCUUCCCAUGACUCCUCCAACUGCCUCUUCAUCACCAUCAUGGAGGUGCAGAGAGACACGCAGCGCUCCCCGAGUCACACCGGCAGCUCAGACGUCUAUGCAGAGCGCAACCUGGACUCCCCGUCGGUGGGCUCCAACAGCCCGGCGGACCAGGACUCCCUGUCCAAGUUCUGUAAUCACGUCCCACGCAUCCUGGUCUGGCUGCUGGGCUUCUUGUACUUUGGCUCCCUGCCGCUAGGGAUUUACUUGCUGGUGAUCCAGAGAGUGACUCUCGGCAUCGUCUGCGUAAGCUUGGUGCCGUCCAGCCUGACCGUGUGUCUGGUGUACGGCUUCUGCCAGUGCUUGUGCCAGGGGAUGUGUGACUGCUCCUCCAGCAGUUAAGCGAUAGCCAAUCAAAACACUGCCGCUGCCGGUAUGGGACAAAGCCUGUGCGAUGCUCCGUGCACCUUUUUAAAGCACAGGACCUGGGAUGGCGCUGGGUCGUGUCCGUGAUGCUGUGGUCAUUGCUGAAUAUCAACAAACAUGUCCACGUCAGCCCAAAGCUAAAAGUAAACCAUUUCGCAGAAACAGAAGUCAAUUCAAACCACCAGCCCACAUGAUUGGGCACUAGUCAACAGUCUGAGACCAGCAUACUGUAUGUCAUGAAGCAAAACGUUGUGACAAACUGAUAUUUGUAAUUUUCUAAAAACGCUAAAAACAAUCCAACAUAGCUAAGCUAAUAGGUUAUAUAUAAAACAGCUGCAUUAUUAUUAGUAGUAUUAGUAGUAUUAGUAGUAGCACCGUUUCCAAUUGUUGCAGGUUUUUUUUGUUGUGUGCGUGUUUAAUUGGAUUUUCACAUUGUGUCCGAUUAAAAACCAGCGUGCCACAAAUGGAUACCAAAUGCCGUCAUCACCGAUUUCAACUUCCUCAUAGCAUCUCAGCUUUGUGUUACAGCCAACAUUGUCAUUUUAGUUUUUAUAUAUUUAUUUUCAUGAUCACCAAAGUUGAACCAGUUUAAAUCAACGUCCGUAAGACUGGCUGACUCACGUCAACAUAAGCGGUAGUCAACAUAACAGAAAGUAGCCACUGCUUGCACAUGUACUUUUGAUUCUGGGGGAUAUUAAAUGCAUUUUUAUCCUACGGCAACUUGUGGACAUGGUUUUUCUUCAAUUGUGUAUAUCAUAUUUUGUUUUCCUAUGAUAUUUCAUAC